ACUAUUGUGCUUUUCCAAAUGAAUCCCUUUAAGGCCCUUGGACCGGAUGGUUUUUCACCUGGUUUCUUCCAAAAUUUCUGGGAGAUUGUUAAGGAAGAUGUGGUAGCCCCAUGCUUAAGUUUUCUCAACUGUGGAGGAGCAUUACCUGCUGAUAUGAAUUUCACCCAGAUUGUGCUCAUUCCUAAACGAGCUGGACCGAAGAGCAUGACUGAUCUACGCCCUAUUAGUUUAUGCAAUGUUGUCUACCGUAUCCUGGCUAAAGUCCUAGCAAAUCGGUUUAAGCAGGUGCUGCAGCAUGUUAUUUCUAUGGAGCAGAGCGCCUUCCUUCCUAAUAGAUUAAUUACUGACAAUGCUAUGAUUGCCUUUGAGAUCCUACAUUUUAUGCGUAAUAGAAGACGUAGCAAAAAGGGUUGGCAAGCAGUGAAAUUGGAUAUGAGUAAGGCUUUUGAUCAAGUGGAGUGGCCUUACCUUGAGCAGAUCAUGAUCCUUCUAAACGACGUGUCAUUUGAAAGGGUGAUCCCAUCGAGAGGGUUGCGCCAAGGGGACCCAUUGUCACCUUAUCUGUUUAUCCUCUGCGCAGAAGGCUUCACAGCUAUGAUAAAGGAAGCUGAAAGGCAAAAGCUACUGCAUGGGGUAAGAAUUUGCGGACAAGCUCUGACAGUUUCUCAUCUUUUCUUUGCGAAUGACAGCUUUCUAUUUCUUAGAGCAACUGAAACUGAAGCCAAAACUCUGCUGACAACUGUCCAGGUCGUGGAUCCUUGGAAUACUGGGGAUGAAGGAGUUAGAACAAGCAGGGAAGUAUUUGGGUUUUCCAACACAUAUAGGUCUCUCCCUACCUAUAUUAUGGGGCUCUUUUGUCUUCCUCUCACAUUAUGCACGGAGUUGGAGAACAUAAUGAAUAAGUAUUGGUGGGGAGGAGGAGACGAUGUUCACACAAUCCAUUGGAUGGGGUGGAAAAAACUAGCCUUACCAAAGAAAUAUGGUGGAUUGGGUUUUCGGGCUCUUCAUGAAUUCAACAUUGCAAUGUUGGCUAAGCAAGGUUGGAGGAUGCUGGUUAACACUGAAUCACUAGCAGCAAAAAUGUUAAAAGCUAGAUACUUUCCCCACAGUGACUUCUUAAACUCAGAACUGAAGCCCACAUCAAGUUUGAUAUGGAGAAGCAUCUGGUCUUCCAAGGAAUUGCUUAAGCAGGGCUAUAGACGAUUGAUUGGUGACGGUCGAAGCACACUUAUAUGGGACCACCCUUGGCUUCCUGGUGAUACUCAUGGUCUAAUCCAAUCCUUGCGACUAGAGGGAUCUGAGCUUAUGUAUGUGAGUGAUCUUAUAGAUGAGAAUACCUGUACAUGGAGGCGAGACUUGGUUAUGGAAAAUUUCAACCCCCAUGAAGCACAAUUAAUAAUGUCGAUACCAUUAAGCUGGAUGAGGAGGAACGAUGGCUGGACAUGGCUUUUCACACAAGAUGGGAAUUACUCAAUUCGAUCUGGAUAUCAUCAGGCUAUCCGAAUGCGAAGACCCCCCACUGACCCCUCUAGUUCUUCCACUUCAUUUCGAGGAAGUCGUCUGUGGUCUCUAAAUAUUCCAGAGAAAAUUCGCCUACUAGUUUGGAGUGCAUAUAGGGACAUUCUUCCUACUAUGGCAAAUUUGCGACAGAAAAGGAUAGCUGUGGAUCUUGAGUGCCCAAUGUGCCACAUGGAUACUGAAACUGCUGCUCACUAUUUUAUGACUUGUCCUGUGGCUCGAGCAGUGUGGUUGGGUUCCCCUCUAACUCUUAGAGUUUUAGAGCUCCAUGUAGACAACUUUGCAAACUUCUUUGAUGCUUUGCUAGUCAUUUUGGAUUCCGAGAAACUGAACCUCUUUUGGCGAGGGGCUGCCAGUGUACAGAGGCGGAGUGAAACGCAAUGGAGACCACCUGAUGCGGGAUUUGUAAAGAUUAACGUCGAUGGAGCAAUUUCUGCGCAGCAGGAAAUUUAUGGCUCGGGUGCUGUGGCUCGCAACUCAUCAGGGGAGGUGGUAUCUACCAUGAUGUCUAAGGAACAGGGGUUGGUCUCGGCUGAGGUAAGUGAAGCAUGUAGCCUGCGAAAAGUUUUGAAAUGGACGAAAGACCUUAUGCUCAACAAGGUUGUUGUGGAGACUGAUUGCGCAAGCAUCGUCACAGCAAUCAAUUGUGAGACUUACUGCUUCAACUCUAGCCUUGGACAUAUUCUAAUGGAUUGUCGAAAUGUCAUGGCCUCUUUCACCAUCUGCUGCCUACAACAUAUUGGUCGCAAUGGGAAUUCCGUAGCACACGAACUAGCAAGAAGGGCGCUCCAAGCAGAGGAUGAUCCAAUCUGGUUUGGGAAAACACCAGAGUUUAUUGCACAUCUUGUAACAAGCGAGCGGGCACUUGAUCAAUUUUGUACUAAUCCUGUUACUCAUAAUUACGAAUAAAAGUGCGCAUAAUUAUUAUAAAAAAAAAGUCAGUAAUUUUAUAUAAUCUAAUAAAUAAAAGUGUAUGAA